AAAAUGUACUUUAGGUACAACGGCCCCUUUAAGAGAAUAUUAUUGUAUAUCAUAUUCGUGAUAUUAGUUCUUCACAAACAUGCAAUCUACAUUGUAAUGUCACAGCUGGUCGAAGUGGUGCUACUUCUCACUAAAUUGAUUAAAUAGCACAACAUUUAAAUACUUAAGCAUAAAUAACUCAAAGUAUUGUACUUGACUAAAUGCAUUUCACACCAACUAGAAUAAAGUGACACCAAACAUUGAGUAUCUUUAUGGAAAUCCAGUAGAAUUUCUGUGAAUGUCUUUCCUUCAGAUGUUCCACUGCAUCAUACAAGGUCAAUACUUAGAGCUCGUGGUGGAUCACUCAGAAUAAGACGGCAGCUCGGGAUCCAGCAGUGAUUGGUGAGUUCGGUGGGGCACUCCUCGGCAAGAUGGCUGCAUUGCUGCGCGCAAUAGUGGCAUCCUGGUGAAAUGACGCAAGCCACAGUUUACGUUCAGUCCUCGAGGCUCUGAGCUCUCCGCUCUCCACAGCGCAGAUCCCGCCCGACUCACAGCCGGAAGACCGACCCGGCGAUCCUCCAGUGGACCGAGGCGAUCCGGUUCAUCUGAGUAAGUACUAGCGCGAAUUACUUGUUAAUCUAUGUCCCGGAGGUGUCGCGUAGCCUGCCGUGGAAAAACCACGCGCCCGCUCGUGGCUUCCUUUUCUUCUCUUUACUCCUCUCUUUUGUUGUUGUUUCCUGAGUGCACCGUGAUUGCCCGGCGCUUUCCUUCCUGCUGCACACUGGGGCUUUUCUCGCAUCUGUCGAUGUUUUGUUGUUGGCGGUGCUCGCUUUGCAGCGCUAACUGCAGCUUUAUAGCGUCAUUUCACGGGCGAUUUCAGAGCAACAAGAGGGCAUUCAAGUGAUAUGUGUACAUUUCUUCAGGGGGGGGGGUGGUGGUGUGUGUGAAUGCACUCGCUCGGCUCGGACAGCGUUGGCUCGGGCGCAUUUGAAAUUUUCCACACAUCCUGGUCUGCUGUGCCACCCCCUCCUCGCCUGCUGCCGCUGUAAGGCCGGUCUGGUGCGGGAGGUGGGGGGGGGGACGGACCUGGGCUGACCGAGGCUACAGGCCGUUAACCUUUCUUUUUUGUGUGUGGAAAUGAAACUGUAUGUGUGUACACGCACGUAGAUUCGUUUGCACUCCCACUGCCCACAACUCUGCCUCCCCCCUGUGGGGAACAAAGCGCCCAGUGUCUCCCAUGUAGCGCAGCUGGACACAGCUGUUGAGCCGAGCUGCAGCAGCUCAAAGCCCCGGGACAGAGCUCUGUGGCCGGGCCAGGAGGGGGGCUGCUGCACAACCAGGACGCUCCACAGCUAGGAGAUGAUAGGAGAAACCCAUUGCCUCCUGUGGACCACCACACAUGACCAGUGAGAGUGAGAUGAGGAGAGGCUUCAGAGUGUGAGGCCAUGGGCUGCACCUCGGCCAAGCAGGUGUCGGCCGUGCCCAACGAUGAGGAGGGACGCGGCAAGGCCUACAGCAACGGAGACCUCUUCACCGAUGAAUACAAGAUGAAGGGAGUGGAGGAGGUGAAGUACAUGAGAGGGGAGGAAAACCGGGUGAAUGCACGCAACCAGGAGAACCUGGAGAAGAGUAAUGUGCAGUACAGGGGCAAACAGCAGAAAGAGGUCUCUUCAGCAAACAUCAAGUCUAACAUUCACACGUCAGAGAGCCAGCAGGAAUUUUUCAGGAUGCUGGAUGAGAAGAUUGAGAAGGGACAAGACUACUGUUCAGAGGAGGAGGAGGAGGAAGAUGGGACAUAGCACAGAGGCCCCCGAGAUUCACCCUCACAGAGCCUCACUGUGUGUGUGUGUGUGUGUGUGUGUGUGAAUGCGGACGUGUGUGCUUAUGUAUGCCUGAGAGAGAGUUGAAUCAAUGUUUUACCGAUGGGGCGUUGAUGUGACGGGACACUGUAUGUGUUGGUAUGAACAUGUGUGUGUUUUUGAACGUAUGGCAAAGAUAGUAUUUUAAUCGAAAGUGAAAGCGUGGGGGAUACAUGUGAGAGAGAGAGAGAGAGAGAGAGAGAGAAAAUGGGAUGAAGAGCACUUUCUUCAGAGACUACAGCCCUCCUCACCCCUUCAGGCCCCUGAGCGGACAGAUGGAGGUGGCGGCGCGAUGAAGGGACAGACAGAUGAAAGGAGGGAGAGAUGGUGGAGGACGUGACGAGAAGGAAGCGGUCGGCUCAAACUGAGUAAUUUCAUCAAGCAUCAGCUCCUCAUCCCUCCAUCUCUCCCUCCGUAUCCAUCCGGCUGUACCUCCGUGGUUCGAUCCUGAAUAUUGAACCCAUGCAGUUGGACAGAGGAACUCCCAAAUAUGGAGCUCCCAGUACGGACAAAUGUCCUUGGUGGGUGUGUGGGGGACUGAGACACAUAAGUAAAGAAGAGAGGAGGCCCUGGGAAUAACAGGUGCUGAAGGCAGAGGGGUUGCGUAACACCAUCAGGAUCCACACUGAACUCUUUGGCCUGCCUACCUUCAGCCAGGCCACCUGGCCCAUGAGGGACUGAGAGAAUGGGUGAGGGCGGGUGAGGAAAGAGAGUGAAAAAUUUGUGAUAUUUUAAUAAGAGAGAGUAGGGAGCGAGCCGGUGAUUUAGAAACUCUAAACUCCUCCUGCCUUCUGAAGUCAAGGACCUUAUUUUUUUUUUUUUAAUUGUGUUUCGCAGCUACAAGUUCAGUUCUUUCUUUUUUUUUUUUUUGGUCCCCUUUUCUGAUGUCCUUUUCUUCAGUUUGUUUUACUCUUGGCUUCCUUUGUAGUGCAUCAUGAUCAUCAUCACCAAUCCCAUUAUCAUCAUCCUCACCACAGCAGGCAGACUGAAGCUGUGUUAAUUCAGAUCAUCUGUGUCUCAACCCAAUCUAUCCUUCUUCAUAUACCACAGAACUGCAGAUCCAAGCCGACACACACACACACACACACACGGAGUCUUUUAUUGUACAUAUCGUAGCACACUGUCAUUCCAACACACCUCACAUGUACAUAUAAACCAGACAAACACACACUUUAUCCCUUUUCAUUUCACCAGCAGACUGUCAUGCGCAUCAUAAAGCUCUAUUUCUAAUUUGAUUCAGUGUUCACACACACACACACACACACACACACACACACUGAAGCAGAAAACGGGGCUGAGCUCAAGGGGAGGAUGCGUCGUUGCCCUUUAGACACAGAUCACAUUUUUUCAGUCAUCUUUACCGGAUACUUCCUGUUGUAUUAUUUUGAAUACUUUCUUUUCUAUUAAAAAUAAAAAUACGAAGAAGCUCUUA